UGAAAGCUGUGUGCGUAUAUUUAAUACCAUCUUGCUAGUUUAGUUUAGCAAGGGUGAAACCAACUUAUAAGACAUCUUCCCUCUAACCAUAUCACUACCGGGUUAACCCUUUUUAUAUGAAGCAAACACGAAAGCUACGUGAUUCGAUCAUUGUGUAGAUAUUAAGAAAUUCUGCUGACUGGCUGAGGUCAGGUUAUAGUAUACUCUCAAUCCUUUUACUAGUAUUUAUCUGUUCAUCACUUGUGUCAUUCACUGUUUGCAAUUAUUUAUGUUUGUAAGCAUGCAUAGGUUAGGAAUUACAGUGAUAUUUGGAUGAAUUCAUGUAUUUAAACGAGUUUCCUGCUUUGAAUAAAUUUGGGCAUAAGCUGGCGCUCUUGUUCUGUUUGCUUCUCUUAUUUGCCAUUAAAGAUGAUUUUGCAUAUACAUUAUAUAUAUGAUUGAAGUGUAACACUGUAACUUCUGUUGUUCUUAACACUUUAACAAGGUUUUAAGGAAUACCAGCAUCUCAUUACCAAUGAGGUUGCCCAAAAAAUGCUACUUGCGUGGGCUGCAGAAGCUUAUCCUUUAUCUGAACACAACGACGGAGCCAUUGCUCAAGUGGUGUCGUGCCUCCAGAACAGCUCUCCGAACCUCAAGGUUCUCGAGAUCAAGAAUGAUUUUUUCGAUGAUCGUCGCGCAAGCACUGACGUGCCGGACUUCUGGGAGAAGAACAUGGGUGCAGCUGAAUGUGUUCAGAAUCAUCUAUCAACUGUCACCUUCUACCUGAACAGUGAGUGCUUCCAGGGACGCUCCUACAUCGACCUCUCAAAGUUGCUGCUGAUGCGAGCCAGGGCUGUCGAAAGGUUGAGCAUCAAGUAUCGGCGCUUGGAGGAUCAGGACCGGUACUCCGCUGAGCUGGAGAGUGUCCAAAGCGAGCUCCCUCUGUGGCCUCGGGCUUCUCCGGGCGCGCUGGUGGAGAUCCGCGCUGUUGACCGCCUACCUUCGUGGUAUUAGAUCGAGCUGCUAAAGAAGCACCUGCACCUGAAGACUUGUUCUUUUGAUUACCUACUGUGUCAUCAGUCAUCAUGGACUGAUUGCACUACUGCAGUGUGCUUCGAACCACCGUAUGGUUGUCACCAAAGUUCUUUCGAAGCACUGGUCUACGUCGUCAAUAUUACUACUAUGAGCCUCUUAUUAGUCACAUCUUCAGGCUUUUGUGAUGGCUGCCUAUCAAAUGAACCAAGUAACUA